AUGGAGGCAAAAAACGAGAAGCCCGUUUUCCCAUGGUACAAGGAGAGGCUGCAGACCAAGUAUCUUAAGGCCCGAGCCAACAAGAAUUCCUCGGUCGGCACGUGUUCCCGGUUUGCAUCGGUGAGCCUCGACGACUUCGCCGAUUGCUCGUCGCUCUUCUCCGGAGACGGGGGAGGUGUCUCCCCGGUGAUCUUCCACGACACUCCAAAACACAACGCCGCCGCCGCCGCCUCCCGCCAAAAGCCGAGAAAGUGCAUUUCCAAAGAACACGCUUGCUUUUCAAAGCAGAUGAUCCGAAAACAGAUUCGCAGAGAACACGUGGCCGCCGUGGAGAAGGAGCUCCAGCAGCAUCCUCUGGCUAUGUUCCCGCACUAUAAGGAUCACAUGACCCCGGAGUUAUUCGACGAGGUGGUUUCCAUUUUGGACCCGGACAUGAGCGUAAGCGACGCCUCGGCCCUUCCUACGCUGACAGGUGACGGUGCGGAGGAGGAAAAUGGAAUAAAAACCACAGAGCCAACAGCCACGGUGACCAGAAACCCUUAUAUUCCACAAAUGAAUGGAGACGGUAUCAAAAAGGGCCGGACGGUCAAAGAGAAUCCACUGAGAGGGAAUCCACUGAGAGGGAAUCCACUGAGAGGGAAUCCACUGAGAGGGAAUCCACUGAGCAUGAAAGGAGCCGCCAAACCUUUCGGCAGACAUUUUGACUUUCCGGACAAAAAGACCGAUGUCAGCACAUCUGCAACCCUGGGCCUUCAGGACACUCAAUCGCCAUCGCUCCCCAUCGAGGCGGAAGAAGAAAAGACUUUCUCAGGCCGAGAAUGAAAUCCCGUCGCGACCGCAAACAGACAGGAAGUCUCUCUCUGUUAUUGAUGGUAUAUGAUGAUAGAAAUUAAAGAACACAGACAGUAGAGACCCACGCAACAUGUCCAAGGAGCUUUAGUCACAUGACGAGAUGAGGACGAUGUCAAACCGUUGGUUUGUUCACUUAGGAGCUGAA